GCUACUAUACAUAAGUUUGCAUGAGAACGCUAGCUCUAAAUCUAAUGGUGGCGGCCUUGGCGGUGGCCGUGCGCUCCGAGCAGUGCGGCAGUCAGGCCGGCGGGGCGCUCUGCCCCAACUGCCUCUGCUGCAGCAAGUGGGGCUGGUGCGGCUCCACCUCCGACUACUGCGGCGCCGGAUGCCAGAGCCAGUGCUCCGGCUGCGGCGUCACCCCGACCCCGACCCCUCCUUCCACCGGUGGCAACGGCGUCGCCUCCAUCGUCUCGCGCACGCUCUUCGACCAGAUGCUUCUCCACCGCAACGACGCGGCGUGCCCGGCCAAGACCUUCUACACCUACGACGCCUUCGUCGCCGCCGCCAGCGCCUUCCCGACCUUCGCCGCCACGGGCGACGCCGACACCCGCAAGCGCGAGGUCGCCGCCUUCCUGGCGCAGACGUCCCACGAGACCACCGGCGGGUGGGCCACGGCGCCCGACGGCCCCUACUCCUGGGGCUACUGCUUCAAGGAGGAGAACGGCGGGAGCGCCGGCCCCGACUACUGCGUGCAGAGCUCGCAGUGGCCGUGCGCCGCCGGCAAGAAGUACUACGGCCGGGGACCCAUCCAGAUCUCCUACAACUACAACUACGGGCCGGCGGGGCAGGCCAUCGGCUCCAACCUGCUCGGCAACCCGGACCUGGUGGCCUCCGAUGCCACCGUCUCCUUCAAGACGGCCCUGUGGUUCUGGAUGACUGCGCAGUCGCCCAAGCCGUCGUGCCACGCGGUGAUCACCGGCCAGUGGACGCCCUCCGCCAACGACCAGGCGGCGGGGCGCGUGCCGGGCUACGGCGUGAUCACCAACAUCAUCAACGGCGGGCUGGAGUGCGGGCAUGGUGCGGACAGCCGCGUGGCCGACCGGAUCGGGUUCUACAAGCGUUACUGCGACAUGCUGGGCGUCAGCUACGGCGCCAACUUGGACUGCGACAACCAGAAGCCGUUUAACUCCUGAGCUUAAUCUCUAGUCAGUGAUAACCACUGCUCGAGUGCUACUGCUAGCUACUCCUACUAUACAUGCAUGGAUUAUAUAUAUUUACACCGAUGAACUAUUGUUCAUCGGAGCAGGCGAAAUAAUACAAUCAAUAAUUAACUAAUGCACGUGGAGCUUAUGGAAAGUUUAUUCAUGCUGUGUACUCCAAUUAUUAAUUAAGAAGAUAAUAUGUGCAGGCUAUUGUGUCCGCCAAACGUGUUCAAUUACUCAA